CGUCCGCUGCGACUCACACCGCUCUUAAUAUAUUUAUUUAUAUUUUUUUUAUCCUUUACCUUGAAACUUCUGGAAAAAGCACUCGAGCACUUUCCUCCGAAUGAUGCACUCGGCACAGAAAGACACCACCUUCACCAAGAUCUUUGUGGGGGGUCUUCCGUACCACACGACGGACUCCAGCCUGAGGAAGUACUUCGAGGUGUUUGGAGACAUCGAGGAGGCUGUGGUGAUCACCGAUCGACAGACCGGGAAAUCCAGAGGUUAUGGAUUUGUCACCAUGGCUGACCGGGCCUCGGCCGAUCGGGCUUGCAAGGAUCCAAACCCCAUCAUCGAUGGCAGGAAAGCCAACGUGAACCUGGCCUAUCUGGGGGCCAAACCCAGGGUCAUUCAGCCAGGAUUUGCAUUCGGAGUGCCUCAGAUCCAUCCAGCGUUCAUCCAGAGACCCUACGGGAUCCCCGCACACUACGUCUACCCUCAAGCCUUUGUCCAACCCAGUGUGGUGAUCCCUCAUGUCCAGCCUUCUGCUGCUACGGCGACAGCCGCCGCCGCCACCUCCCCGUACCUUGACUAUACCGGCGCCGCUUACGCCCAGUACUCUGCGGCGGCCGCCACCGCCGCCGCCGCCGCGGCUGCUUACGAGCAGUACCCCUACGCGGCCUCGCCGGCGCCCACGAGCUACAUGACCACGGCCGGGUACGGGUACACGGUGCAGCAGCCGCUGGCCGCCGCCGCCACCCCGGGAGCAGCUGCAGCUGCCGCAGCUUUCAGCCAAUACCAACCUCAGCAGCUGCAGACAGACCGCAUGCAGUAAAGAAACAAAGUAUGAAGGUUACUUUCGAGAAGAAAGGAGGGGAGGUGACCUUCUUCCAUGGAGAAGGUGACGCUAGGAGCAUUAGACAGCGGUGGAUAGACAAUGAUUGCCUCUCUCAUGUUUUAACUUAGCAGACCUUCUACCAAAGAGCCUGAAGAAAAUGUAGAGACAAAUGAGGAAUUAUUGUAUAUUCAUGUGAAAUCAGUGUUUUGUCACUAUUGGGGAUCUAUAUAUAUCUAUAAAUAUAAUAUUUAUUCAGCGGUAUAAUAUUUAAUGUUAACUGACUGUUGACUCACUGGACCUCAUGUCAACUGUUGCUGAAUUUUGUAUUUAUACUGAAGUCAAAUUGUAUAAAAAUCCCAAGUGCAUUCAUGUCUUAUGAUCAGGUUUCUUCCACCCUGCUUUGAAAACCAACCCGAACACUUCCAUACGUAUGAGGACGGUACGCUCCAUCAUGCAGUUUUCAGCAUUUUAUUGUUUCGGACCACUAUUUUGUUAGAUAAAGCUAUGCAGUCGUCAUUAGAGAAGUUAGAUUUUUAUUAAAACAUUUCUUUUUUUUUCUUUUAAAUAACAGUUUGGAGUGAGAUAGCAUUUAAACCUUUAAGUAGUUUCUUUUAAAAAAAAAAUUCUAUUUUUUUUGGACAGUAUGUAACAAAAUGCUCAAGUUGGUGAAAGCACUCGUGUUUCUUCCUAAAGUCCCACCUCGAGAAAGCUCAGCAAAAAGGGAGGUGACACCGUUGAAUGUGAACAUUUUGAUAAAAUCUCUAGUAAUGUGCCUUUUAAAUGAUGCUAUUUAUGUAUUUAUUAUGAAGCCUUACAGCAAUAAACCCUUUAUUUCUUUUCUUGUGUUUGUAACAAAAAAAAAAAGAAAUCUUACAACUGAACGUGCCCACAUGUGCUGCUGCAUUUCCCACGAUCAAAAACAGAUGAUGGGUCUCGAAUGUGGCCGAACGAAGCACUGUACUCUUUAUGAAGAACAAAUAACGAGUGGAAAAUAGCAUCACAUCCCAAACCCUUUGUUUCCUGUACAUUUCCUCUUGUUGUCUCCAUUCGAUAUGUAACUCUAUAUUGUCACUUUUUAUACUUGACCAGUUUGAUCACAGUUUUAUGUCUUUAGACAUAAAAAUGUUUUCUAAUGCAAUAGCAGCACCUAUUUUGUCUUGUAAUGCAUGAUGCAAAAAUAAUGCCUAUCUUUUAUUUAGGAAAUAAAUGAAA